AAACCUCACCCUCUGCGCUUCUUCUUCUUCUUCUUCUUCCAUUCCAUGUGUAGGUGCCUGUCUGUCACUAAUCGUCUGCUCUCCUCAUAGAUUUCACUGCCCGCUGCAUCUCCUUCGUUCACUGUCACCAGCGCCGGCAAUUCUUUUCAAAUCCUCACUUUACACCUACAUUUUUUUUUCUUUUUUUCCUCUCAAGUAAGUUUUUUCUCUUUUGCUAUUUCUUUAUAACCAAUUCACAUUUUCCUUAUGCACAGAGAUGGUUAUAUGCAUGUUGAUCAGAUUGUUGUAACAAACCCUAUAAUUGAUGGGGCAUAAGAAGCGUAACCCCACUCCUCGUUCCAAACAAUCUCCGCCGUUGACGCCGGGGGCAGUUGCUGCCGCCGAUGAAGCCGAGAAUCCGAUUAAUCUUUCCCUUGUCAAGAUCGAACCGUCUAUCUUUCUUGAACCAGAUGUCUCGUCUUACUCGGCAAUCAAAAUUGAAUGUGAGCGGGCCUUGACGGCUCUUCGCCGAGGCAAUCACACAAAAGCCCUCCGCCUCAUGAAGGAGUCGUGUAUCCGGCACGGCGAUAACUCGCCGCACGCUGCCUUAAUCCACCGCGUGCAAGGGACGGUCUGUGUAAAGGUUGCCACGAUAAUCGAUGACCCCAACGCUAAACAGCGGCAUUUGAAGAACGCAAUCGACUCCGCCCGUAGAGCCGCGGAAUUGUCUCCUAACUCGAUAGAAUUUGCGCAUUUCUAUGCUAAUCUGCUUUACGAGGCUGCAAAUGAUGGGAAAGAGUACGAGGAUGUUAUGAAAGAGUGUGACCGCGCGUUGGAUAUCUCGAACCCAAUUGAUCCCGCCAAGGAGAGCUUGCAAGACGAGAGCCAGCAGAGGAUAACGACUGCAGAAGCAAGGAUUGCUCACGUGCAGAAUGAGCUGAGGAGCUUGAAACAGAAAUCGAGCAUUGCUUCAAUUUCUACUUGGAUGAAGAACUUAGGUACCGGAGAAGAAAUUAGACUGAUACCCAUACGGAGAGCAACUGAGGAUCCUAUGGAGGUUAAGUUAGUGCAAACUAGGAGGCCCAAUGAGAUUAAAAAAGCGACAAAGACACCUGAAGAGAGACGGAAAGAGAUUGAAGUUAGGGUCGCUGCUGCCAGACUAUUACAGCAGAAAUCAGAGAGUAGUUCGGGACAUAAUGAGGGUGAGUGCAGUGACAAGGGAGUGGAAACGCCAUCAGGGAGUGAUAAGAGAGGGGAUAGGAGGAAGUAUGGGAUUAAUGUGAGGAAGAACGGUACUAACAAGCAGAGGAGGGAUUGGGUGCGGUCAUAUUGGAACUCAAUGAGCAUGGAAAUGAAGAGGGAUUUGUUAAAAAUUCGGGUCACUGAUUUGAAGAGUUAUUUUGGGUCUUCCAAGGAUGGUUUGGCUAGUGAAGUUUUAAAUGAGGCAUUGGCAUUUGCGAAGGAGAAUAAGGCAUGGGGGUUUUGGAUGUGUUGUAGAUGCUUUGAGAAGUUUUUAGAUCCUGAGAGUCAGAUGCAUCAUAUUGUGCAAGAGCAUAUGGGGAGUCUUAUACCUAAAAUGCAGGCAGUUUUGCCUCGGGGUGUUGAUAAUGAAUGGGUCGAGAUGGUUCUUAAUUGUUCUUGGAAGCCACUGGAUCUUUCAUCUGCAGUGAAGAUGCUUGGAAGUCAAGGGAAAGGCGAGGAUGCAGACCUUGUUGAGGAUUUUUGCUCAGGGGGUCAUAAUGAGGAGUGUGAUGAUUGCUUCAAAGAUGCUUCGAAUUCUUCCCCAAAGAAGGAAAAUUUGAGGGACAGCUAUAACGAUUUUCCUACAGGGAGCAAUGAUGCAGAUAAAGGUUCCAGUAUUGAUUGCAAAGAAUGUGAUGGAAAACAGGGUUCAAUGGCAUACACUAUUGAUAGCUGGCCAUUAUCAGAGGAUUCUGAGAGAGGAAAGCUCCUGGAAAAAAUUCAUGCUGUAUUUGAGGCACUUAUUAAACACAAGUAUCUAGCUGUAAGCCAUGUGAACAAAGUGAUACAGCUUACUAUGGAUGAGCUACAGACUCUUGCUUCUGGUUCUCUGCUUCUAAACCAUGUCAAAAACCAGACACCCUUGUGCAUUUGCUUUUUGGGAGCAUCACAGCUUAGAAAGAUCCUCAAAUUCUUGCAGGAACUAUCUCAUUCCUGUGGUUUGGGAAGAUAUUCUGAGAAAAGUAGUACUGUAGAUGAUGUAAGUGCUGCUCAAGGUCCUGAGAUAAAAGAGAAAAUUGUUCUUAAUGGUGAUGCAUCAUGUCUUUACCUGGAUGAAUGUCUAUUGCCAUCUGAAUGUACUCCUGGCAAUUUUCUUCGUGAUGAUAUGGCCACAGUAACUUCUACUAAUGUUGGCUAUGGAAAUGGGGUUCAACCUGAUGCUGCUGCUUUGCUUUCGUGGAUAUUUGCAGGACCCUUGAGUGGGGAGCAAUUGCAAUCAUGGGUUCGUAUGAAAGAAGAGAAAGUGAACCAAGGAAUUGAAAUUCUCCAAAUGCUUGAGAAGGAGUUUUACCACCUGCGGAGCCUUUGUGAGAGAAAAUGUGAGCAUUUAAGCUAUAAGGAAGCAUUACAGGCUGUGGAGGAUCUCUGUCUCAAAGAAACUAAAAAAAGGGAGACCGACACACAUGGUCGUAGCUGCUAUCAAUAUGCACUUAGAAAGCGGAGGGAUGAUCUUGUUGAGAAUGAAAAUGAUGCUCUGUUCGUUAGCAGUAGGUUUGAGUUAGAUGUCAUAGCAAAUGUAUUAAAAGAAGCAGAAGAUCAGAAUGGGAAUCAAUUUGGAUAUGAGGACAAUUACAAUGGUAUGAAUUCUCAGUUAUGCGACUUGGAAUCUGGUGAAGAAAAUGUUUUUAAAACCAAGGACGAUGCACAUCAAAUGGACACUUGCAUACAAGUUGUGAUUCAGAGACAGAAACAACAGUUAUCAGUGGAGCUAAGCAAAAUUGAUGCUCGAAUCAUGCGGAAUGUAACUGGGAUGCAUCAGUUGGAGCUCAAACUUCAGCCUGUUUCUGCCCAUGAUUAUCGGUUGAUAUUCUUACCUUUAGUGAAGUCAUACAUGGGGGCAUACUUGGAGGAUUUAGCUGAGAAGGAUGCGACAGAGAAGUCUGACGCUGCAAGAGAAGCAUUUUUAGCAGAACUGGCACUUGAUUCUAAGAAGAGUGCUCGAGGAGGAAGUGAUAAUUUGAGAAAUAUACCGGACAAGUCAAAGGAUAAGAAAAAAAACAGAGAAUACAAAAAAACCAAAGAUUCAAAGGCUACCUUUGGCAAUGAGCAGCACUUGCUUCACAAAGAGACUGCUGAGCAAAGUUCCUUUCCAGUUGCAUCUGGUGGUGAUCACCCAGAUUCUGAGAUUUUUCUUUCGAUGAAUGGUGAAGACUUGAAACAACAGGAGGAGGAGGAGGAGUUCAGACUUAAAAUUGAACUUGAAGAAGAGGAAAGAAAACUAGAAGAAACUCUCGAGUAUCAAAGACGAAUUGAGAAUGAGGCUAAAAUGAAGCACCUUGCUGAGCAACAAUAUAAGAAAUCCAAUCAAACAUUGCCAGAAAAGGUGGCUGGUGGACUGCAUGAUAAUAAUUUGGAAUUUGAUGCUGAUGAUGUACAUGAGCCAUUAGAACAUUUGACAUUGAAGAAUGGGUUUCCCAAUGAUAUGGAAGUCAUGCCUAUGGUUAAUGGUGCUGCAAUACCAGUCAAAUCUUUGAUAUCCGGUACCCAAAUGAUUAAUGGUACUCAUAACACAGAAGUAAACCAAGGGCCAUCUAGUGGAGGAACUGUAGAUGACAGUCUUUUGCCUUCUGACCGGCGGCCAGGAAGGAAAGGUAGGCGGCAGAAGAGUAUCACUAGAUCUUUUGAUGGAAAAUAUCAACCAGUUUCAUCAGAAAAUAACAAUGUUGAAGUUGGAAGUGUUAAUCCUUACAUAGGGGACAAUGGAACUAAGACGCUGAGACAAUUACAGGCAGAGGAGGAUGAUGAGGAAAGGUUCCAAGCAGAUCUAAAAAAGGCUGUACGCCAAAGCCUUGACACAUUUCAAGCGCAUCAGAAAUCACCCUUGAUUUCAACUUCAAGGAUGUCCCAAAAUAUAUCUCUGGAAGUUAACAGUGCUGGUGUUUCACCGGCUGAAGUUGCAAUUGAAAAUGUGAACAAAACUGAUGUGGUUGGCACAGGCCUGCAGAAUGAUGUUGGUGAAUACAAUUGUUUUCUGAAUGUUAUUAUACAGUCCUUAUGGCAUUUAAGACGGUUUCGAGAGGAGUUCUUGCAGAGAUCAACAUCAGAGCAUGUUCAUGUGGGGCAACCAUGUGUUGUCUGUGCAUUAUAUGAUAUUUUCACUUCUCUGAGCACUGCAUCUGCAGAUAUGCGAAGAGAAGCUGUUGCUCCUACAUCUCUGAGAAUAGCUCUAAGCAACUUGUACCCUGAUAGUAAUUUCUUCCAGGAGGGUCAGAUGAAUGAUGCAUCUGAAGUACUGGCAGUAAUAUUUAAUUGCCUUCAUCAGGCAUUUGCUUCUGGUUCAAGUGGUUCUGAUUCUGAAUCAGUGGAAAGCAAUGGCAUGGGGUCUUGGGAUUGUACAAACAAUGCUUGUUUAGUGCAUUCUCUUUUUGGAAUGGAUAUUUUUGAACGAAUGAAUUGCAAUAGCUGUGAUUUGGAGUCCAGACAUCUGAAGUACACUUCUUUCUUUCAUAAUAUGAAUGCUAGUGCCCUCCGAACAAUGAAGGUCAUGCGUUCUGAAAACUCUUUUGAAGAGCUAUUAAAUCUAGUAGAGAUGAAUCAUCAAUUGGCUUGUGAUCCUGAGGUUGGUGGUUGUGGGAAGCUUAACUGUAUCCAUCAUAUUCUGUCAACUGCACCACAUGUUUUUACAACAGUUCUGGGAUGGCAAAAUACAUGUGAAAGUGCUGAGGAUAUAGCAGCAACAUUGGCAGCUAUUAAUACUGAGAUCGACAUUGGCACUCUGUACCGUGGUCUAGAUCUGAAAAACAUGCAUAGCUUGGUUUCAGUGGUUUGCUAUUAUGGGCAACAUUAUCAUUGCUUUGCCUAUAGUCAGGACCAUGAACGAUGGAUUAUGUAUGAUGACAAAACUGUCAAGGUAAUUGGCAGCUGGGUGGAUGUUCUUUCCAUGUGUGAAAGAGGGCACUUGCAACCUCAGGUUCUUUUCUUUGAAGCUGUAAACUAGUUAGUGGAACUUAUCAAAUUAUUCUCUGCACAGAAGAGCACUGAGUUCAGCAUGGCUUGACAUUUGAUUGCUGUCUGUGGUGAGAUGUUUGUAGUGUUGCAUUGUAGCUCUACCCUGACGCAUUUCAUAUGGUGAAAUAUACAGCUUGGCUUCAGUUUUGAUACAAAAUGAGAGUUGUGAUAUAAGAUCAAAAGUUUUGUCACAUAGAUAGGAGGUUUUCUUGGAAAAAUGAUAUUCUCAGGGAAGAAUAACUAUCAAGGAAAUUUUCUUCUUCAAGCUUUCGGCUAGAAGAAAUCAGUAACACAAUAGACUGGUGUGUAGAAUUCUUGGGACUCUGUGAAUCAAAAAGUAUCGUCUGGGUAAUCAAGAUUUGUCGAUGGAAUUUUCUUUUUCUUUCGUGGAUCUUUCAAAUAAGGUGGGUGGUUGAGAAGAAGAGCAGUAAUUUUCUUGGUUACCAGCCUGUGAAUGCAUUGAAACUUAUGAUGCUUUUUGUAAGGUGGCAAAUAAUGAUCGGUGUUACCAGGAGCAUAUAGUAAUAGCAAUUGUAAGUGGGGAAUCUAGUUAAAAAUGGAUUCAAACUUUCUUUUAGAUACAAAAUUUUGAGAAAUUUCCCCCUUUUGUAUAGAUUACAUCAUGGCCCUUCGGGUUUUCAACUUUUCAUAUGCAGCUUCUUGUUGUCGAAUAUGAUCAUGAUGUAAUGAGGAUGGGGUAUUAAUGGUAAAUUUAUUGCUCAUUCUUCUUCUUUA